GCCGCGAACCUCCCCGCUGGCGCAAACACGGAGCUGGGCCCGGGGGCUCCCGGUCCAGCGCCGACUGAGCUGUCUCCCCAGCACCGCGCGCCGCUGGACGGCUUCCCGCCUCCGCCCCUCCCGCUGCCGCCCACGCCCCAGCCACGGGGGGCAGGAGGAGGCGGCGGCCGGCCCUCCCCGUGCCCUUUUAAAAGCCUCCCAACUGAGGCCCGGCAGGGGGAUCCCGGCGGAGGAGGGAGCAGCACGCUGAGUUCCGCAGCGGUGCGCGGAGCCGAGCGCCCCGGGCUGCGCCUCCCGCUGGUGGGGCCCGGCACUUCGGGCUCCCGGACGCUCUCGCUGCCGCCGCGGGCCUCCCCGCCCCGGCCAUGCGCCCCGGGUAGCGCGCCUGGGGCGCGGCGCCCACCCGGCGGCUCCCGCCGCCCGCCCCCGCCGCCGGCAUGCUGCGCCCGCUGCUGCUCGCCGCGCUCUGCCUGGCCGGCGGGCUGGGGGCCGCCCGCGGCUGCCAGCUGCCCUCCGAGUGGAGACCCCUGAGCGAGGGCUGCCGAGCCGAGCUGGCCGAGAUCAUCGUGUACGCCAAGGUGCUGGCGCUGCACGAGGAGGUGCACGGCCUGUACAACUACCUGCCCUGGCAGUAUGAGGCCAGCGAUGCGGGGCUCUUCUACUCCGCUGAGAUCGAGAUGCUGUGCGACCAGGCGUGGGGCAGCAUGCUCGAGGUGCCGGCGGGUUCCAGGCUCAACCUCACCGGCCUGGGCUACUUCUCCUGUCACUCCCACACCGUGGUCCAGGAUUACUCCUAUUUCUUCUUCCUCAGGAUGGAUGAGAACUAUAACCUCUUGCCUCAUGGAGUCAAUUUCCAAGAUGCCAUCUUUCCAGACACUCAAGAGAACAGAAGGAUGUUUUCUAGCCUUUUCCAGUUUUCAAACUGUUCACAAGGGCAGCAGCUGGCGACUUUCUCCAGUGACUGGGAGGUCCAAGAAGACACUAGGGUUUGGUAUGGGAUGUCCAAGACAACCUGGUCAGCCGGGCCUGAGAGGGAAUCAGAAAGGAAAAUGCAUGAACUUCAGGGAUCCUUAAAGCCAGUUCCUGAUCUUACUGCAACAGGGAGUCAGACGGACUUGGGACAGGACUUCGCAAGGGCCACGUGGAACCCAGUACCCACUUUGCAAAGGCCGUUCCUGCUUCUCUGUUCGUUGCCCACUUGUAAAUCACUGAACUUGAUUCUGUUUCAACCUGCAUCCCUUCAUUCAUUAAGGGCUUUACUCCAUGCCAGGUGCUAGAUACAAAGAUGAAAAGAUGGAGCCCUUCACUUGAGUGGCUUUGACUGUCCAGGAGAAAGUUAGACUCACAAUGUGAUAAACUUGACAAUGGAAUUGGGGAAAGAUGACAUGGCUCUUUCUGGAGAAAUCAGGGAAGGAUUCACAGAGGAGGUGACCCUGGACCCUUGGAGAAUAAGAAUUGUCUCAGGGUUUGUGGGGUAGUUAGUGGAGGUUUCCUAAGCAGGAGUGCAGAGGCAUAGAUAACUUGAGGGAUAAUUGAGGGAGCCGGCUGUGGAGGAGUAGAUCAAUCAGGAAAGUUCAGGAUGAGUAACAGUCAUAAAGAUUCAUAAGCUGUGGUUACUGUAUGUCAGGUGCUAUGUCAAAUGCUUUACAUCUAUUAUCUGAUUUUACUUUUAAAAUAUUUGGCUUUGCCAGGUCUUGGUUGUGGAUGUGGGAUCUAAUUCCCUGACCAGGAAUCAAACCAGGCCCCUCCUGCACUGGGAGCAGAGACUCUUAGCCACUGAACCACCAGGGAAGUUCCUAUUAACCUUUCGUCUUCAAAGUCUGUCUAGUGUAGACGUCAUUGUUCCUGUUGUAUGAAUGAGGAGUGGGAGGUGCUGAGGCAGCUGCAUUGACGCCGGCGAGGCUCCGCAGUGAGAUGGGGCAGACAGGAUGCCGUCCCAGUGGUGCUUGGUUCUGAAGCCCGGGAUGCCGGAUCCUGCGGCGUGUCUGGUGGGGCGGGGAGCCCCGGAGCCAGUGCCGCCCGUCCGUGGGAAGAGCACCCUGCUCCCGCUCCGCCCCCACCUCUGCUCGCCCGUCCUCCACGAAGCCUGUCUGGGCGUGAGCUCUGCCUUCUCCUGGGCUCCUGGCACAGGGGGACAAAGGCAUUUGACUUGGGGUGGAGCAGAGGACCGGGCGCCAAGUCAGAGUCAUGGGAACCUCAGGUUGCUUCUCCAGAGUCCGCGGUAGAACUGCCCUGUUGUCACUCCUGCGGCUUGGGAGUUUUCUCGGUAGCGCUGGGUAUCAACCAAAUUACUACUGUCGAGUCCUUUAGGAAGCAGCUCUGCUUUGCCUGGGCUCCGCUGUUCGCCUCCUUGCCCCACUCUACGAGGUUUAAAAACAAUGAUAGAAUGGACAGACAGGGCCCGAGCGAACUGGAGAGAACUCUGGUUGAAGCCUGGCGGGCUCGCCAUCAACGCCCCCAGGAGUUUCCUGCUUCACACAGAAAAAGGAAGCGUCUUGGCCUCUGGCCUUGACUGGGUCAGAAGACACGAGGCAGUGUAAGCUUUGCGGAACUGACAAAUCGUGUGACCAGUGACCCCCUUCGGAGCACCUCUCACCGAGAGUGGAUGCUCCUGGGCAGUGCGUGGUAGGUUCCAGAAAGCUUAUCUUUCCAGUGCCCAUGGGGAAUCACUUUAGAAACAGUGUGUUAACCAUUUUGGAAAGAGCUGUUUUGUGAACGUCCAUCCGGAGGUGUGAAACCGGCAGCAGUCUGUUGAGAGAAUCCCUGAGAACUUGAGCUGGCUGCCCAAAGUAGUGCUCGCACUUUGGUGUUUGAAAGUGGUGUGAAAAGAAUGUGGGGUGGGCAGUGAGGGUCAUGGCAGACUCUGGGACCCGAUGCUAUUUUCAUCCUUUGCACUCGUCCACACUCCUUGUCUGUUUUCCCUCCAAAUGCAUCCAGUUGUCAACUGUUACCUUUGCAUCUUGGUUUGCCUUGAGCUCCUCUCAAGACAAGGGUUCCAGAAUUUUCUCUUAUAAAGGGCCAGGUACAAUUUUAGGCUUUUUGGAUCACACAGUCUGUGUUGUAGCUCCGCAUCUCUGCUACUGUAGAGGAGAGGAACCACAGACCGUGUGUAAACAAAAGACUGUGGCAGUGUGUUCCAAUAAAACUUUAUUCACAAAAAUGGGUGGUGGGCCACAUCGGGUCCAUGAGCCAUAGUCUGUUGACCUCUGUUCUUGGUUUUAAUUUCCUCCUUUUUUCCCUGUUUUGAAUCUCAAGAACGGAAGUGAAGUAUUAAAAAGGCAAGUUGUUGAUCAGUGUUGCCACUUUGGGACUUGCCUCAUUUUUAACAUUUCAGAAAGUACACUUUGUCUUUAUAGGUUAGGUUAUUUAAAUUGAAAACAGCUGCAAAGGCAAGACUCCUCUCAGUGAGCCUUUGUGUGUCUGCUGCCAUGAAACAGUAAUUUUUAAUGUACUGUCUUUUUGUUUAUUAGAUACAGAGCUUAGUGGCAGAAUAAUUCAGGAAGAACUUUGCGACAUGCAGUGCCAGGCAUGGUGUAAUAAAUGCUUCUUGCUGGAAUGAACAGACAUGUAUCAUCUAGAGGCGAUUCUCUGUUGCAUAUGGAGUCUAUACAUAUGCAUGUAGGCAGUAACAUGAAUACAGUUCCUCAAUAGGAAGGUCCCAGAGUCCUCCUCCAUCUUUCUGGCUCCAACUCGGACCCUACCCAUGUCAAAGGGAGGCUGUGGGAUCAAGAGUGACACCCUGACCAAGGAGCUCUAGUCAUUCUAUUCAUCCUGUCUUAAUAACUACCCCCCGACCCCACACACACUUCUAGCUGUUUCUGUGCUACAUCUUAGUUUCUCCAGGCCAUUGUCAGGGUGGUCUUUAGGGAAUGACCAGGAAGCCUGGUGUGCUCCUGUCCUUGGGGUCGCAGAGAGUUGGACAUGACUGAGUGCCUAAAACAAGAAGAAGAGUGGGGAACAGCUGGCCCCUGGGUCUGAGGGAUGCCUGUGAAGGGUGUUGAUGUCUCAGGGGUACACUAACGUUCUGCCAAGAGCCUGUGUUUUUAAUUAAUUUAUAUUGGAGUAGAGUCACUUUACAAUGUUGUAUUAGUUCCUGCUGUACAGCAAAGUGGAUCAGGUAUAUGUAUAUAUAUAGCCACUCUCUUUUGGAGUUCCUUCCAUAUACAGUUGGUGCUCAUUAGUUAUCUAGUUUAUAUACAGUAUUAAUAGUGUAUAUAUGUUGAUCCCAGUCUCCCAAAGCACCUCUUCUUUUCCUGCUCGGUGUGUAUAGAUUGGUUCCCUAUUUCUGUUUUGCAAAGAAGAGAAUCUAUACCAUCUUUCUAGAUGUUGCAUACAUGUGUUAAUAUGACAUUUCUCAUGUGUGUGAAGGAAAGAGAGGAAGGAGACAAGGAAGUCACAGCCAGACCUGAGUGUAACUUGAGAACUUUGUGCACCAUUCUUUACACUUUUUUUUUUAUUGGAGGGAUAACUUCUUUACAAAUGUGGAUCACCAUAGUUAUACAAUAUUUCCCCGCCUGUCUAGGUCGUCACAGGUCACCAGGCAAUUAUAAUGUGUCCACAAGUCAGUUUGUCUGUUCUGUUUGUAUUCCUGCCCUACAAAUAGAUUCAUCUGUACCUUUUUCUAAAUCCCACAUAUAUGCAUUAAUAUGAUUUUUUAUGGCUGAAUAAUAUUCCAUUAUAUAUAUUUGUAACACAUCUUUAUCCAUUAAAAAAUGGCCCUUCCCCCCCCCCCCCUUACUCUGGGGGAAUCACAGAUGAGUCAGGUAAUUCCUGAGAGCCCAGGCAGAAUAGUGACAUAGGAGAGAGAGAUGCAAGUGUCUGUCUUUUCUUUUUGUUCUUUAAAAUCCCACUAAAUAACCCAAGUUGGAGUCUCAGGCAGUGUGGGUUGUGUUUCAAGGCUGAAGAGCUCCACUGUGCUCACAAGGCUGGCAGGAAUAGCUGGACAGACAAAUCUACAUCACAAAGAUACCAAUCACAAAACAGACACAAGGAAGAAGUCUUCAGGGUAAAGGGGAUGGGCGUGCAGGGGUGAGGACCAAGGGAGGAGAGGUAAAGAGAGGAGGGACAGAAAAGACUGAAACAAAGGACAUUGCUGCUUCAGCCAACCUGCGUGCUUCCAGAAAGGGCCAGUGAAGGAGGAAGCAAGCACCCUGUCCACUGGCCACUGAGGUGAUCAAGCCCUGGAACCAGCCACUUGUAUGUUGUCUGUGGGUCCCCAGCCUGCAGGUGGGAGUCCCACCCAUGCAUACACCCAUGUAUAGAGAUCUGCCACUCCAGCCUGUUCCCAGCGGGAUUUUUCUUGGUAAGAAUGUUGGAAGGACUGAAUUUCCAUCUACUACACAAGAUGAGGUCUGAACGUCUGUCAUAAAUCUCUGGUCAGGGAGAGCCCACUGGACCAGGGUCUGCAUGGUGUGAGGAGAGCCUCUCCUGCCAGUGCUGGCCAGAGUGGGCCGGUCUCACAGACUGAGAGGGGUGAUGCUGGACCUGCUCUCUCAGGAGGAGAGGAGAGAGAGAGAAGUAGAGAGAGUUCGGGGGCGGGAGAGGGAUAAAGGGGAGUGGGAAGCAUUGCCUGAAUAAGGGUCCUGAGGCCUCAGGAAGGCAGAUUUACCACACGUGGUGACGCUAAAAUGAGAGGUUCAGGUGGCCUCUUUGCUUCCCGUGGGUGCCGUGUUCAGUGGUCCAGGGGUGCCCAGAAACUCCCCCAGAAGGGGACACACUGAGUGCCACAACGUGUACCAACCAGGGCUCUUGGCCUCCUUAAUCAAUAGAAACUGAUCGGAGGCCUGGCGAGAAGUGGGGAGGGAGGGAAGACAGGUUCCCUGCUUGCCUGCUCCUCAUGGUGGUUGUGACUUGUAUUUUCCUAAUGAUUAGUGGUGU